UAUGAAUAAAGAAUAAAGAAUGAUGAUGAAAUUUCAUGAUGUACAUGGUGUUAAUGCAUCCAUUGAUGAAACAAAACAUAUUGCUCGUCGUACAAAUUCAUUUUGUGAUGCAUUCGUAUUCAGUUCAAAUCCAUUACGAUUGAAUCAACCGAUUAUAAUAAAAUUAUCAUCCCGGCAGACUUCCGAAUGGCAUGGACAAUGUUUUUUAGGAUUAACCACUCGAAACCCUACGAAUUUUAUUGAAACCGUUUAUUCCAAACAUAUUAUAAAUUUAUUAACAACAAAUGUUGAUGAUGUUUGGAUAAAACCAAUCAAUUCGGAUUGGUCAAAUGCAAGUUUAAUUUUAUCGUUGAAUUCGGAUGGAUUUUUUGAAAUAACAACUGAAUUCGAUACAAAUUUGAAAUAUAUUUUUUUGGAAAAUUUACCCAUACAAUUUCCAUUAUGGUUAAUUAUUGAUAUUUAUGGCCAAACAGAACAGAUACAAUUUCCACGUUAUCAAUCACCAAAUUCAAAAGAAAUUAUUUCACUUGGUUCGGAUAUUUAUUCUACUUAUAAAUGUGGUGAAAUGGGUAUAUUUCCAUAUAAUUCGGCACGUAUUAUAUUGAUUGGACCAAAAUUAUCCGGAAAAACAUCAACCGAUCCAUCCGUAUGUCAACUAAUUACAAACAAUAAAAAUGGUGAAUGGAAUUUACUAUCGAAUUCAGUAACGAAUACAAAAUUAAAAAUAAUACAUUCAGAUAAAUCAGAUAUUUAUCAUGAAAUAUCGAAAAAUAUUGUCCAGGAAAUUGUAUCGAAUAAAGAUCAAUUUGAUUCAUAUGAAUCACAUUCACCAAAAGAUUUGAUUAAAAAUGUUCUGAGAUUUCCACGUAAAAUUCUACGUCCAUAUUCAAAAGAAGUUAAACAGCUAAGUGAAAAUUUGGUAAGUUUUUUUUUUGUUCACUGA